AUGGAUGUGAAAAGUAGGGGAUUUUCAUUCACCACGGUUUUACUCUUUUUGCUUCUUUCUUCCAUUUUCUCAACCUCCUUCUCAGACACCGAUCAGAUUCUCAACUCCAAAAAGCCAACACCCUCAACCUCUGUUCCCUCCCUUGCUUCCUCUGUCGCUUUUCAGAUUAAAGGAAAUGUUUAUCCAAUUGGGUAUUAUACGGUGAACAUUGCUAUUGGCAAUCCCCCUAAGGUUUAUGAUCUUGACAUUGACACCGGAAGUGAUCUCACUUGGGUUCAGUGUGAUGCACCAUGUAAAGGUUGCACCAUACCUCAGAAUCGACUUUAUAAACCCCGGGGCAACCUUGUGAAAUGUGUGGAUCCCUUGUGUACUGGAGUCCAGUCAGCACCUCCUUGUGCUGUAGCAAAUGAGCAAUGUGACUAUGAGGUUGACUAUGCAGAUCAAGGAUCGUCUCUGGGUGUGUUAGUCCGAGAUUAUAUUCCAGUUAAAUUCACCAAUGGAUCUUUGGCACGCCCUAUUCUGGGCUUCGGAUGUGGAUAUGAUCAAACGCAUCAGGGUCAUAAUCCCCCACCAUCCACAGCAGGGGUUCUUGGCCUUGGAAAUGGCAGAACAAGCAUUGUAUCUCAGCUUCACUCUCUUGGCCUAAUUCGCAAUGUGGUAGGCCACUGCUUAAGUGGGAGAGGAGGAGGCUUUCUAUUCUUUGGAGAUCAGUUUGUUCCCAAAUCUGGAGUUGUUUGGACACCCAUAUUGCAAAGUUCCUCAGGACAACACUAUAAAACAGGUCCAGCAGACCUGUUUUUCGGUGGAAAACCUACAUCUCUGAGAGGUCUUGAAUUUAUCUUUGAUAGUGGGAGCUCCUACACAUAUUUCAAUUCCCAAUCUCAUAGAGCUCUUGUUGAUCUGAUAACUAAUAAUAUAAAGGGGAAGUCGUUGACUAGAGCAACUGAGGAUCCAUCUCUCCCAAUUUGUUGGAAGGGUCCAAAGCCUUUCAAAACUUUACAUGAUGUCACUGGAAAUUUUAAGCCACUGAUACUCAGCUUCACAAAAUCAAAGAAUUCGCAGCUGCAAGUACCACCAGAAGCUUAUCUAAUUGUCACUAAACAAGGCAAUGUCUGCUUGGGGAUUCUUGAUGGCACUGAAAUAGGAAUCGGAAAUAUCAACAUAAUUGGAGAUAUAUCUUUACAAGAUAAGAUAGUGAUUUAUGACAACGAGAAACAGCAGAUUGGAUGGGCUUCUGCAAAUUGUGAUAGACCUUCCAAGUCAUAA